CUUAUCCCAAGACACAAUGCGCAGGUGCUACUUUAAUGAGGGUGGCCUUUUCCCUCUUCUGUCCUAAAGCUGUAUCACAGAAAUUUCUCAGCCCUAGUGAAAUUGGCUACAUGCUGAUCGGUUUCUGCAUACUGGAAGAGGUGGGGCUCAUGUAAUGCAGCAUCAGGGAGAGGAACUGAUUAUGUAACUGGGAUAGCAGAUUUAUCAGAAGGAGAGAGGAGGCAGAGGCUAGGGAUGGGAGCAUUGAGCUGUCGGCAGGGGCAGGACACCCAACAGGGGCAGCAUACCCGGGUAGCUGCUCUUCACGAGGUAGGCAGUGGGGCUCUGGCAGCAUAUUGAGAGAUGAGAGAGAUACGGGCUUGAGGCCUAGGAAGUACCUGGUUAGUACUUGGCAGUGAUGCUCAGUGUGGGGGUUGGGUAGGGAGGCUGUCUGGGAAAGGCUUCAUAAUCUAAUACUGGCUUUGUAGUUCUAGUGCGUCAUAGGGAAAAUGUCCAGUGAUUACUUUUCUAGAGGAUUUGGAUCGUGUCCAGGAAAUCCAGGCCUUAGCACAAAGCAAGGGUUGUGGAAACUUUGGUAUUCAAAAGUGUGCCUCUAGAGCAGUAGUUCUCAACCUGUGGGUCGCAACCCCUUUUUAACAAUGAAAAUACAUUGCAGCAUUAGGAAGGUUGAGAACCACUGCUCUAGAGGUUGAGGCUUGAGGUGAGGAAACGAGUGCCUGAGCAGAACUUUCGGAGCCUCAGAAGCAGGUUUAGAGUGGCUGCCUUGGUUCUCAGCAGGGUGGCAAUAUCCGGGGCCUCUGGAAGAGCCUCUGGUCAGGUGUGGGGACCAUCAGAUCAGGUCUGGAAGAGCUGUGGGAACUACAGGGGCAUCAGUACGUGCACCAGGAGUCCCUACAGCCAGCCCCGCUGCUGGUAGAGAAGCCUCUAUCUGAAUGGCCAGUGCCUCAGUUCAUCAAUCUCUUUCUGCCGGAGUUUCCUGUUAGGCCCAUUAGGGGGCAGCAGCAGCUGAAGAUUUUAGGCCUUUUGGCUAAAGGCUCCUUUGGAACUGUCCUGAAGGUGUUAGAUUGUGCUCAGAGAGCUGUAUUUGCGGUGAAGGUAGUGCCCAAGGUAAAGGUCCUACAGAGGGACACUGUGAAACAGUGCAAAGAGGAGGUUAGCAUCCAGGUAUGCACAGAGUCCUGGAAAGGAUUGUGGGAAGAGCUAAACCACAGGUAGAAAAAAUAUCUUUCUUGUCCAACUUUCCUUCUUUUCCUGGUUCUGCCUCCCAUCUGUUUCACCUUAGUUUAACACCAAGGUAGAUCCUGGGAAAAAUAGCUAUCAGCUAUCAACAGUUUUUCCAGGUUCUGCCUAGGAAAUCUCUUAAGCAUGGCCCAGUGAGUUCAUUAGUAUUAUGCUGGUUCGAGGACUACCAGGCAUUCUGUCCCAAUUAUUGAGUUCCUCUGAACUAAGAGGUGAGACAGCCACUCCCUUUCUGCACAACUAGUUAAAACCUGAUAUAUUGGCUGCCUUUAUCCUCAGUGACCCUGUUCCCCCCUAACUUCGUGUUUUCUUUGUCCCUAGCGACAGAUUAACCAUCCUUUUGUACACAGCUUGGGGGACAGCUGGCAGGGAAAACGGCACCUCUUUAUUAUGUGUAGCUAUUGUAGCACAGAUCUUUACUCCUUGUGGUCAGCUAUUGGCUGCUUUCCUGAGGCUUCCAUCCGUCUCUUUGCUGCUGAACUUGUCCUAGUACUGUGUUAUCUCCAUGACUUGGGGAUCAUCCAUCGAGAUGUGAAGAUGGAGAAUAUCCUUCUGGAUGAACGAGGCCAUCUGAAACUGACAGACUUUGGUCUGUCCCGCCACCUCCCCCAGGGAUCCCGAGCCUAUACGAUUUGUGGUACUCUUCAAUACAUGGCCCCAGAGGUCCUGAGUGGAGGACCGUACAACCAUGCUGCUGAUUGGUGGUCCCUAGGUGUCUUGCUUUUCUCUCUGGCAACUGGAAAGUUUCCAGUGGCUGAAGAGAGAGAUCAUGUGGCCAUGUUGGCAAGUGUGACCCACUGUAGCUUUGAGAUCCCAUCUUCUCUUAACCUGGAGCUCUCACUCCUGCUCCGUGAGCUCUUGUGCCAGAACCCCCUCCACCGUCUACGUUACCUACAUCACUUCCAGGUCCACCCUUUUUUUCGGGGUGUGACCUUUGACCCAGAGCUCCUACAGAAGCAGCCAGUGAACUUUGUCAUGGAGACAAAAGCUACCCAGACCAGUCCACUGGAGUCUAUGCCCUUCAACGACUUUGACUGUGAUUUGGAGUCCUUCCUGGUCUACCCCAUCCUUGCUUGAGCCUUUCUGCUGUACUGCCCCCUUAUACAACCCUCCUCUAAAGUCAGCAUCUCCGAUCAACAUCUUUUCCUUUGCUUUACUUCUCCAGCAUGCUUUCAUCAAACUGUCAGCUAGAGGUUCUUCCACUUUUCCAUCUCUUUCUCUGCCAUGUUUCCCUUCUUGAUCAAUAAGGACAUGAGCUCUUAAGGUGCUAUUGAUGUGUUUAAUAGGCUUGUCAGAAGCAAUAUGAACAUUUUUCAAAGACUGGCAUUUCAUCCUUUAAACAUGCAGCUAAAACUAUGAUCUGGGGGCUACAAUAAAUCUUAUUUUUUAAAAUUGAAAAGUUAAUCUAAUAGUCUGAUGUGGGGAAGUAAAUAGAAACUGAAACAUUGGAAGAUUGUCUCCUCUAGAGGUUAUUGGAAUGGCCAUUCAAAUCUUUUCCAAAACAAAACCUCUUCAAAAAACAUAUGGAUUUUCUCCUAGAUAGCUCAGGAUUCAUUUUCUGAUGGUCAGACCAAGGGAUUAAGAUUUAAAUUUAGAGAUAUAUCUUAAGAACCUUUUCCUUCAGUAAGGAAAAUCAUCUGGAUCUUGAAUUUGUACACAUUUCUGGCUUUUAUGACUUCUUUUCACUUUAAUGUCUCAAAAUUUUAGUUUUUGGUCUGAGAUUUGAGGUGAAAAUAUGUUUUGAUCUAUAGCAUAUUAUUAUUUAGUUCUAUCUGAUCACUCUUGCAGACCAAAGAGACUUUGUAGAGUACACUAUGUACUUUAUUUAUUGUUUCUGGAUUAACCCACAUUUUCCCUGUACAUAGCUGGUAUUAUAUUGGCCUCUGCAGAAUUGCUUUUCAGUAAUCCAUAUGAAAUGACCAUGAAAAUUAAUUGUUUUGGAUACUGUAAGGAGUGUUUAUCAUUACAGUUCAUAAUGUUUUAUUUAAUGAUAUAUGGGAGAAAUUUUCUGUGGAUCCAGUUGUGCUUUUCCUGAGUUGGUGUUUGGUUUUUACCUUAAGGACAUUAAAUAUUCAAUUGACUAUUUUCCUCUUUGUACUGAUGAUAGAACAUUUAGAGCCCAAUUUGUGGCCUACCUUCCAGUGUUUAUGUAUUUUGUGUACUUUUCAUGUUCUUGGUUCCCUCUUCCUUUUUUCUUUUCUACCUUCAUUUCCUUGUUCUCAUUUUUCUAACUUUAAUCUUUUUGUAUUACUAAAUUUUCUGCAUCUUUAUAAGCC